CCGAUUUUAAAAUUAUUUCAUUUUAUAACAUAAACUUAUUCCAGCGGAUUUUCAUAUUUUGAGAUAAUAGAACUAAAUUAGUUCUACGAAUAAAUUCAGUAAUCAUAAAAUGGGCAAUUUUAGCUUGCUGAUACGUAAAAAUAUAAAAACUUCUGGGCGUUUAGGUUUUAACUUUUUAUUGGAAGUAAUAAUUAUAGUGGCUAUAUUUCUUAUUCUCUAUUAUAAUCCCGUAAAACGUACUGAAAAUGAUAAAUCGAAGUCAAAGGAUGUGGGGACAAAUUUCUUAGAUGCAAAUAAUAUUACUUCAUUUCAAACUGUAGAAGGCUACUUGAAUGGAUAUGUAAUUACGAAUAUGAAAUUGUCAUUUACACCAAGGAGUGCUUAUGCUAAAAGAAUUGCCAAAAAUGUUGUAAAAAAAUUGAAUAUGAAGAAAGCUAUGGGAUAUAAAAAUGAGACCGUAAUGAUCAGUCAAUUUAAUCCACAGGAUACAUUAGCAGCUAUUAUUUUUCCGAAACCGAAGGAAAAUGGCGGGAUACCGGAAGAUUUUACAGUUACUAUUCGUUUUCCCAGUACGUUUCGCACCGUAUCUGAUUUUGAAAUUCGUGACAACUUGUGGGUCACUCGCUGUAGUGGUAGUGAUGAGGUGCCUGAUGCAAAAGAGGAUUUAUACAUUCGUGAAGGAUUUUUGCAGUUGCAAGAUGCAAUAUAUUUUGAAUAUAUUCAAAUUUAUUAUGAGUCUUUAAAUGACACAGAGAAGACAAGAAUAGGACAACUGGAUACUAGUCCUUUUACUAUAAGACCAUUUAUUUUUAACGUACCUUUAACUUGUACCAAUUUUAGUGGAUCCAGAUACCAAUUAUUUUUGUAUUAUUUUGCUUUCUUAUUCACAUUUCUUCGACUCAUUUCGCGGUUUGGACGGGAAGUUCAAGAGAAUGUCCUGGUUCAUCACUGGAAGUAUGGAGUAAGAUAUCCAACUCAUUGGUGUGCUCAUUUCUGGGAUUCAUUAUUUCGACUCAUUGUUUUGGAUAUUAUAAUUUUUUUAACCACAAAAUUGAUAGUUAUGAUUGUUAUUGAUGACAAUGCUGGAACAUUUAUUGCUGCAGAUCCUGUUCUUUUGAUACUGUUCCUCCUGUUAAACAGUAUAGCAAUGAUUUUGUUCGCAAUAUUUAUUGUAUGUUUAGUUCAAAAUAGAAAAAAUGCUAUAAUUGUUGGCAUUAUAUGCUGGAUUGCCUUUUAUAGCUUUUUUAGUACAGUGUUGGAGCGCAUAGACACCAUAAAAUCGAUUCCUCUUUUUAUCGGCUGCGUAUUAUUUUUUAACAAUUUUUUUAGUUUUGGUUAUAGUUUUAUGAAACGAAUGGAUGAAGGGUUAACUGAUAGUGAAGAGUUUCUACUUAUCUUCAUUCCAAUUGGCAUUAAUAUCAUUUUGUAUUUUAUUCUGAUAUGCAUAGUACAAAAAAUUUAUCCUGGACGCUAUAUGAAUGGUGCUUCUAGGAAAAAAGAAGGAAAAGAAGUUGAAGAAAACAAUUCAUCGUCGCUUGAACCAACACCAAGUUGGACAAAUUUUGAAACUGUUCCUAGCGAUUUUGAGGAAUAUGUUAAUUUAAAUCAUGUCUCUGCAAAUGAUUCUGGUGUGAAAAAACUCAAGAAUAUUUCAAUGACGAUAUGUAAAGGAGAAAUAACUGUUAUUCUGGGACAUCAUGGAUCUGGUAAAACCACUUUGGUAAAAGUCUUAACGGGAAUGCGUAAACCGAGUGACGGACACGUAAAAUUUCUAGAUAAAGAUAUUUAUAUCAACUGGAAGAACGCACGUGGGGACUGUGACUUUUGCUUAUCAACCAAUCCGCUGUUUUAUUACUUAACAGUUCACGAAACUUUUGAAUAUUUUAGCAAAAUUAAGAUGCCCAAAGCUGAUACUCAGCGUAUAAACACGGAAGUUAAUAAAUGUCUUGAAUUACUGAAGCCGGUGAAAUUUAUUUCAAGCACUCAACAGAUAAAAACACUAGAUUAUGAUGGCAAGCGUUUGGUACAUUUAUGCUGUGUAUUAACGGGUGAUACUAAAAUUAUAAUCUUGGAUGAACCCACUUCUUAUAUGAGAUUAAUGGAACAAAGAGUUUAUUGGAACAUAUUACGCAAACAGAAAACAAAUCGUGCUAUAAUUCUGACAACUUUCUCUUGUGAUGAAGCCGAGGCAAUUGGAGACCGUAUUGGUGUUUUAAAUAUGGGAAUUCUUAGAGCAUAUGGAUCACAAUUUUUUUUAAAAACCAAAUUUGGUCAUUAUAUCAAUAUGACAUGUAAAGUUACAGAUAACGCAUCAAUUGAAAAUAUCACGACAUAUAUCAGAAAAUAUUUUUAUGUGAAUCCUCCUGAUUCGAAAAUUGGCGAUGAGAUAGUUUAUAAGCUACCAGGCGAUAAACGUCAUAUUUAUGAGAAUAUGUUGGUACACUUAGUUAGAGAUAAAAGCCAAUUAAAUGUUUUAGAUGUAAAAGUUUAUAGUUAUUCAAUAGCUGAGAUAUAUUUGAAACUUGGGGAACAGAGAAGUGCUCAACUAUUAAGCAAGAACGAGCCAAAUUACAAAGUGAUUCAUGAGUCUACAGCCAAAAUUGCUUGGCAGCAAAUAUAUGCUAUGAUCUUUAAGAAAUUGAAGUAUUUGCCUCAUCUUAUUAUUUUUCUUCUAUUCGUUCUGAUAUUUGCUGCAAUAAUGUCAUUUUUGAAUCCAUUGUCGGAUAUGCUAUCAACAUCUGAAAAUCGUGAAUACGAAAUAAGAUUGGGACAAAGAAAUGAUACAGAUAUUGAAUCUUUAGAUUUCAGGGAAUUUAGGAAUUGUAACUCAACAUUUAUAACUUUUAUUGAUCAUAUGAAAAUGGGAGACGAUAGCGUUCCAGACCAUGUUUACACUAACCACUCACUUGUGUGCAUGGAUAAAAAAUUUGUUCAAUAUAUGAAGGAAGAUUCUAGUUUGGAUUUCAGACCAUUGGGCGCUAUUACCGUUGCUGAAAGUAAUAUUACAGUUUGGUAUAAUAUGCGAGUAUUACAUUCAGCAUCAUUUACGCUGGACUUGGCCGAAAAUUAUCGCAUUACUUUGAUGGAAACAGGUCAAUACUACAGAGUUAUAAACAAGCCAUUACCAAUGUCAUUAAACACGAGAGUAGAUUUGGUGGGCCAAGAGAUGCUUCAUAUAAUUGUACCGCUUGUGAUUGGUUUAACUAUGCCUUUGGUUCUGGCCUUUUUCACACUGCCAUUGGUUGAUGAACGUUGCAAAAAUGUAUUUAUUCUGCAAAUAAUGGCUGGUGUAUCAUUAAAGAUUUACUGGGGAAUCACAUUCAUAUGCGAUAUGUUCACGUUUUUUGUAUAUAAUAUUAUUUUAACAUUAGUUAUGAUAAUAUCAACAUUUAAAGGAUUUUCUUUAUCGCAUAAAAUGAUUAUGUUUGGUCUAAUAAAUGUAUAUAGUUUCGCGGGAUUAUUUCUAGUCUAUUUAGUAUCGACGAUUUGUCACAAAAAGGUAAGCCGAUCGGUUUUGGUGGUUACGCUGCUCGUGCUGUUAACAGGGAUAUUUUCAUAUGUCUUAUAUUGGGAAGUUUUUUGGGUCAGUGACGUGUAUUUUUACAUCGCGUCCCUGUUUCCGACUUUCUCGUUACUGGAUGGUAUUAGUAAUAUUUACCUUACCGAAAAGGAAAUAAACUUCUGUCGUGAAGAGUGUAAGGCAUCAACAGGUUGCAUUGAGAACGAAACUAUGUGUGAGAUAAUUCCGCAUUGUUGUUCUGUUGAUUUUUUGAAAUGGGGUACUGACGGAAUUCUGACUAAUAUUGCAUAUAUGGUUGCCGCUGGUAUUAUACUUAUAAUUACUAUGACAUGCUUUGUUAUAGGUGAAAAAGAAAGAAAGUAUAGCACUGGUAAAGACUUAAAAGUCUAUCAAUCGGCUUGUCAUCCUUACGAUGAUGCCGAAGUUGUUAAACUCAAAAAGACUGUAGCUAAUUUGGACUUAAGAGAUAUUAUGCAUUAUCGUAUGGUUGCAGAUCAGUUGGAGAGUAAACUAACCACCGAAGUACAUGUGCUUAAUACUAUUUCAUUUGCUGCUGACAGAGGACACAGUUUAUGUAUAUUUGGGCAUCGUCACGCUGGAAAAACAAAUUUUAUUAAGCAGCUCGUCGGAGAAUCGGGCUAUAAAUUUGGUGAGGUAUAUGUAGAAGGAUACGAGUUUAAAAGUGAUUUAAUUAAAGCAUAUAAUUAUAUGAGUUAUGUACCUAAGUCAGAUGGGCUUUUUUAUGCAUUUACACCACGUUCAUUUUUAACAUUCUUUUUAUUGAUUCGUGGUAUAGUUAGAGAAAACAUAUCAAAAAUAAUUCGCCAAUACAAAAUAGGAUUAGAUAUGGGAACAUUUAUAGAUCAGAAAAUAAAGUAUCUGUCAUCGGAUCAAAAACGGAUAGUAAGCAUUGCAUUGGCAUUGGCACAGAAUACAACAGUUGUAAUAAUGGAUGAGCCAACUACUGGUAUAUCUACAAAUGUAAGCCACCAGGUUUGGCUUGCAAUACGCUUUGCACAAUCAGAGGGAAGAACAAUCAUUUUUACAUCUGUAAGUUGUUUGGAAGCGAAACAUAUAGGUGAUAAUUUGAUUUUGUAUCAAGACAACGAAAUGUUGGCAUAUGGAAGUAUUAGCUAUCUACGCGGACUUUAUACAGUCGGUUUCUAUAUAGAAGUUAAACUUGCUCGCGAUAAUGUCAGUCCUGUAAAUGAUGCCGAAAAUCUAGCCCAAGACAUUGACAAUUUACAACAGUUCAUGAUAUUCUUACACAAGGACUCUGAGUUACUCACUCGGGUUGAUAAUGUUUUAAAGUACUAUUGCCCUGUUGUACGUAUUAGGUUUACAGUACUUUAUGGCGCAUUAGAACAUAAUAGAACGCGUCUCAAUAUAUUAGAUUAUACGAUUAACGAAGGCUCUAUGUGGGAUGUGGUUUACAAUAUUGACAAUGCACGGCGCAAUUUCGUAUCCAAAAGAUGA